UGUCGUUGGUCAUAUGAUCGUUCUGUGAGAGAAGGGCGAGUCCGACAGAUCUGGGAAAGAAUUUUCAAUAGUUCUAAAUUGUUGUAGCUAACUAAAAUAAUCAAAUUACUAGCAAGAUGAAAGGUUGUUUUUUUAAUAUCGAUGGUGGUUAUUUGGAGGGUUUGUGUCGUGGAUUUAAAUGUGGAAUUUUACAACAAAGUGAUUAUCUUAAUUUAGUUCAGUGUGAAACGCUUGAAGAUUUAAAAUUGCAUCUUGCUGGAACUGAUUAUGGGAGUUUCCUCGCUAAUGAGCCUUCGCCUCUUGCCGUCAGUGUUAUCGAUGAUAAACUCAGGGAAAAACUCGUCAUCGAAUUUCAACACAUGAGAAAUCACUCAUUGGAACCACUCUCGCAGUUCCUCGAUUUUAUAACUUACAGUUACAUGAUUGACAAUAUUAUUCUUCUGAUUACUGGAACCUUGCAUCAACGACCAAUCUCUGAACUUAUUCCUAAGUGCCAUCCUUUGGGAAGUUUUGAGCAAAUGGAAGCUAUUCAUGUCGCUUCUACUCCUGCUGAAUUGUAUAAUGCUGUACUUGUUGAUACUCCAUUAGCUCCUUUUUUCGUUGACUGCAUCUCAGAACAAGAUUUAGAUGAGAUGAACAUUGAAAUUAUUCGAAACACGCUCUACAAAGCUUACUUGGAAGCUUUCUACAAGUUCUGUAAAGAUAUUGGCGGUACAACAGCCGAUACAAUGUGUGAAAUUCUUGCAUUUGAAGCUGAUAGGCGUGCAAUCAUCAUUACUAUUAACUCGUUUGGUACCGAGUUAGGCAAGGAUGAUCGUGCUAAACUGUAUCCUCGUUGUGGUCGUCUUAAUCCUGAUGGACUGGCUGCUCUUGCUCGUGCUGAUGAUUAUGAGCAAGUUAAAGCUGUUGCUGAAUACUAUGCGGAGUAUAGUGCUUUAUUUGAAGGAGCUGGAAAUAACCCUGGAGAUAAGACAUUGGAGGAUAAAUUCUUUGAACAUGAAGUGCGUCUCAAUGUACACGCUUUUCUCCAACAAUUUCAUUUUGGAGUUUUCUACAGCUAUCUGAAGCUCAAGGAGCAAGAAUGUCGUAAUAUAGUUUGGAUAGCAGAAUGCGUUGCUCAGAAGCAUCGUGCAAAAAUCGACAAUUAUAUACCAAUUUUUUAAUUAUGCUGCCAUCUAAAUGGUUUAAAUUGUAUUAUAUAUAUUAUUAUAAAAAAUGAAAAUCCAGGAAAGAAAUUAUCAAAGUUCAUCCAGCAUAAUUUCGCACAAAGAGGAAAGACAUCAAGUAAGACCUAACAUAUUGCUUAAUUAUUCUAAAGAUGGUAUCUUAAGAUGUUGACAAAUAUAUACCUGUAAUUUUAUUAACAAAGUUAUCAAAUAGUUUAAGAAAUAAGAACUCAGAAAAGUAACUCGGGCUUUGAUUUUUUUCCUGGGAUUCUUUAUAAAUGUCCUCGUGUUAUAAAUUAUGCACCGUUGAAUUUGUUUCUUGUCCGUCAGAUGACAAGUAUCUCGAUUAAAAAACAAAAGUUUGUUGUAUAGAGUAUUAAUAUUCAUGAUAAAUUAAUUACUAAAAAAUAUUAUUAGAUUAUUGUUAAUUUUAUCAUUGAAUAUAUGUUAUAAUAAUAUAAUGCAUUCCAUUUUAAAAACAUCGUGAACCCGAAAACGAAAUAUAUAUAUAUCAUAAAUAUUGUAAAAAAUAUAUAUAUGAAUAGAUGAUAUUUAGUUUAAAAGA